AUGCUCGACGCCGACUUCGACGUAGAAGAUGUUUUGUCCAGGAUUCCGAUGCCGGGCAAAAUCAAACUGCUCACCGGCCUGGGGUGGUGGCAUACCGAACCUGUACCCGAGGUAGGGAUACCCUCCAUGAGGAUGAGCGAUGGGCCGAAUGGCGUCCGAGGAACGCGAUUCUUCAACAGUGUACCCUCCAGCUGCUUUCCGUCUUCCACCGGCUUAGGCUCGACCUUCGACGAUGAGCUUGCUUUUCAGGUCGGCAAAGCUUUGGCAGAUGAAUGCAAGGCCAAAGGCUGCCAUAUCUUACUGGCGCCUACCGUCAAUACCCAGAGGUCACCUCUCGGAGGCCGCGGCUUUGAAUCUUUCUCUGAAGAUCCCCACCUGAACGGUUCUAUUGCUGCCGCUUACAUUAAUGGCUUGCAGUCUCAAGGAGUUGCUGCUACUAUCAAACAUUUUGCCUGCAAUGACCAAGAGUUCGAAAGAUUUUCCUCUGACAGCGUCGUCAGCGAACGACCCUUGCGGGAGAUAUAUCUUAAGCCGUUCCAGAUUGCUCUCAAGAAGUCUAACCCGUGGGCGCUCAUGACAGCCUACAACCGUCUUAACGGAACUCACUGUUCCGAGGAUAACAAGCUGUUGCAAGAUAUAUUGAGAAAGGAAUGGGGCUAUGAGGGACUCAUUAUGAGUGACUGGACAGGUGUUUACAGUACCACCGAAAGUAUCAAAGCAGGCUUGGAUCUUGAGAUGCCUGGUCCCGCUUAUAUGCGAGGCAAGGCCGUAGAACGUGCCCUCAUUGGAGAGAAGCUGUUCCCUAGCGACAUCGAUGACCGAGUGCGAAAGAUCCUCGAACUGCUCAAGCGAGCAUACAAAUCGGGGAUACCAUUUGACGGCCCCGAAGAAGGCGUGGACAGUCCCCAGCUCCGCGCCCUCCUGCGUAAAGCAGCAGCGGACGCGAUUGUACUGCUAAAGAACGAGAACAAUGUGCUGCCGAUCCCUACUUCGGGACCUAAGAAGAUAGCAGUCAUUGGUCCGAACGCGAAGCAAGCCUUCACCUCCGGAGGUGGGUCUGCGAGGCUCGCCUCUACUUACACAGUAUCGCCGCUCGAGGGCAUCACUGCAGCCGCAAAGGAGCUUGGUGCGACGGUGGAAUACGCCAUAGGAGCUACGUCGCAUAGGUACCUCCCUUUGCUAGAUGGCUAUAUCAAGCAGAAUGAUGGGAAGCCGGGUGCGCUGGUGGAGUUCUGGAAUGAGAGCCCUUCGGCGAGUUUCCUCGAUACGAUGACGAAUCUCCAAGAGACUCUGCCGGAAUGCGCGUGGAGCAUGCCUACGCUGGGUUCUAAUUGUUUCUUGGCAGACGGGUAUUCUACGAUUUUCGUUCCCGACGAAUCCGGCGACUGGGAGCUGGGCCUCAACAUAGCCGGAAACGGCAACAUGUUCUUCAAUGGCACAAUGGUGAUCGACCUGAGCACCAACCCCGAGCAGGGCGAGUCUUUCUUCGGGUUGGGCACGGUUGACAUGCGCGCUACCGUCAAGGGCCUCGAGGCGGGCAAGGAGUAUCCGAUUGAGGUGAGGCUGAGCAAUGCUCAGUUCAUCGGACGGGGUAGUCCAUUCACCUGUCGGGGAGGUAUACGGUUGGGAGCAAUGAAAUUCGUCGGGGAAGAAGAGGCCAUUCAGGAGGCUGUCAAGUUGGCUAAGGAAUCGGACGUGACUAUUCUGGUUAUUGGUCUCAACCACGACUGGGAGAGUGAAGGAUUCGACCGUAAAGACAUGAAGUUACCUGGCCUGACCAAUCGUCUCGCAUCUCAAGUUCUUGAGGCGGAUUGUGACACAAUUAUCGUACAUCAGUCGGGCACUCCCACAGAAAUGCCUUGGGUCGAUGGAGCCAAGACCUUGCUUCAGGCCUUCUACGGAGGAAACGAACUCGGCAACGGAUUAGCGGAUGUGCUUUUCGGGAAGGUAAACCCGUCGGGGAAGCUAUCUCUCACAUUCCCUCAGCGACUACAGGACUCUCCUUCCUACCCAUCGUUCGGGGAGAAGGGCGAGGGGUACGGGAAAGUAUUAUAUAACGAGGGCAUUUUCGUCGGAUACCGUGGAUUCGAGAUCAAAGACUUGAAGCCGAUGUUCCCGUUCGGAUAUGGUCUAUCGUACACGAGUUUCGGAUAUUCGGACCUUCAAGUCUCGCAGCCCACGCCUGAAGGGAAUUUCACCGUUUCUUGCACAGUUAAGAACACAGGGAAACGUGACGGCGCCGAGAUCAUCCAAGUCUACGUAUCAGACACAGCGUCCGCACUUCCGCGACCCGUAAAGGAGCUCAAAGGCUACGCUAAGGUGUGGCUCCAGGCCGGAGAGAGCAAAGUAGCGAGGAUUGACCUGGACCGGGAGGCACUGGGAUUCUACGAUAAUCGAAGGUCCUGCUGGAUCGCUGAGGCAGGGGACUUUGUAGUACACGCUUGUGCCUCUUCCGCCGAUAUUCGUCUUUCCACUAGCAUUGUUUUAGCCAAGACUCUCACUUGGACGGGUUUGUGAUUCGUGAAGCCC